GUUGCUUCUCCGGGGUGUUUGAACAGGAAGGCGGACAUGUUGGUCAAGCUGUGGCAGAAAAUCGGGCAUCGUCUACUGGUUUUUUCCGAAAACUAACACACAUCAAAACCCGAUUUAUAUGUCUUCGAUCUGAGAGACAAGGCAGUUUGGACGAGAAACAGUCGACAGUCAAUGACAAUGCACAUGAUGCAGCGGAAGGACUGCCGUUAAACGUUGUAACGACGUGUUUAAACUGAUCGAAAUUUGGAAGAAGCAGAAGUUUUUUUCCCACCACUUCUACUUUUGACCUGUCAGAUUCUAUUGUCGUUUUCUGCAAGGGCCUGGCUCAGAUAUGGGAACGGGUCUGGACUAACCUUUCCACAAACUGUGCUUUUCAAAUAGACAUUACAUUUAAGUUUUAAUUGCCUUUUGUUUGGAUGCACCAACAUUUUAAGCCCUUAUCCUCAGUGGCAUCCUGCGGAGGCUGACUAAUCUGUCGCCGCAUUUAUCUUUUGCCACUGAAGUUGUUUGUCACUCAUACUGGGGAAACAUCUUUCGACUCUGAAAAUGUGGCUUUUGUAUAUUCAACGUAACCUUAAACGUUUCAUCGUCUGUGAAAGCUCGAGGAGAACGAUGUUUUUUCUUUGAAGUGUGGUGUAAAGUUCACACGAAGAAAGGAACAUUUGGCUAGCUAGCUACCGCUGGCUGCUAAAGCUAGCUAGCCAGCCUUCUGCCUCGCCAGUGAGCUGUUUUUGUUCAUAACCCAACAUCGGGACUGAGUUUAACAGCAAAAAUGUCUGCUCAGGAAAGUUUGGAGGCUCGAUUUGAAAAAAUCGAUGCCAUGUUGAAGGACCCAAAGUCAGAAGUAAACACGGAUUGUCUUCUGGAUGGCUUGGACGCACUGGUGUAUGACCUUGACUUUCCUGCCCUGAGGAAAAACAAGAGCAUUGACAACUUUUUGAAUAGAUACAAGGAAACCAUUAGUAAAAUCCGUGAUCUACGCAUGAAAGCAGUGGACUAUGAGGUUGUUAAAGUUAUUGGGAGGGGAGCAUUUGGAGAAGUGCAACUGGUAAGACACAAAGCCACAAGCAAGGUAUAUGCCAUGAAGCUGCUGAGCAAGUUUGAGAUGAUCAAGAGGUCGGACUCUGCUUUCUUUUGGGAGGAGAGGGACAUCAUGGCUUUUGCGAACAGCUCAUGGGUGGUUCAGCUCUUUUUUGCAUUCCAAGAUGACCGCUACCUCUACAUGGUGAUGGAAUACAUGCCCGGUGGCGACUUGGUUAACUUGAUGAGCAACUAUGACGUCCCAGAGAAGUGGGCCCGCUUUUACACAGCUGAGGUAGUGCUGGCUCUGGAUGGAAUCCACGCCAUGGGCUUCAUUCACAGGGACGUGAAGCCUGAUAACAUGUUGCUAGACAAAGCAGGCCACUUAAAACUGGCAGACUUUGGGACCUGCAUGAAAAUGAACAAGGAUGGUAUGGUACGAUGCGACACAGCAGUGGGAACUCCAGACUACAUUUCGCCUGAGGUACUGAAAUCACAAGGAGGAGAUGGCUAUUAUGGCAGAGAGUGUGACUGGUGGUCAGUGGGAGUGUUCCUGUACGAAAUGCUAGUUGGCGACACUCCUUUCUAUGCAGACUCCCUGGUGGGGACCUACAGCAAAAUCAUGAACCACAAGAAUGCCCUGACCUUCCCUGACGACAGUGACAUCUCCAAUGACGCCAAGAAUCUCAUAUGUGCUUUCUUGACUGACAGGGAAGUUCGACUUGGCCGUAAUGGUGUAGAUGAGAUCAAGAGGCACCCUUUCUUCAAGAAUGACCAGUGGACAUGGGAGAACAUCAGAGAGACGGCUGCCCCAGUAGUGCCUGAACUGAGCAGCGACAUUGACACCAGUAACUUUGAUGACAUCGAGGAGGAUCGGGGGGAGGAGGAGACCUUCCCCAUACCAAAGGCCUUUGUGGGCAACCAGCUCCCCUUUGUAGGCUUCACUUACUACAGCAAUCAGCACCUUUUCCGCAGGUCCACCACCACCACAAAGGCCAGUGACAAACGUAGCAGCUCCACAAAGGAAGACAAGAGUCAUCUGGAGAACCUGCAGAAAAGGAUCUAUCAGCUGGAGGAGCAGCUCCACAGUGAGAUGCAGCUGAAGGAUGAGUUAGAGCACAAAUGCAGGACAUCAAACGCCAAGAUCGACAAGAUCAUGAAAGAACUGGAUGAAGAGGCAAACCUGAGGAAGAGUGCAGAGGCUAGCAUGUCUCUGCUGGAGAAGGACAAGAUCAUGCUGCAGCACAGAUUCACAGAGUACCAAAGAAAAGCUGACCAGGAGGCAGAGAAGAGACGCAAUUUGGAGAACGAGGUCUCAACUUUAAAGGAGCAGCUUGAAGAUAUGAGGAAGAUCAGCCAGAACUCUCAGGCCUCAAAUGACAAGAUUGUCCAGCUGCAGAAUCAGCUGGAAGAGGCCAAUGACCUCCUGCGUGCAGAGUCGGACACCGCGGCAAGACUGAGGAAGAGCCACACAGAGAUGGCCAAGUCAAUGAGUCAGUUGGAGAGCUUGAACCGUGAGCUGCAGGAGAGGAGCCGCUCAGCAGACGGGGAGAAGGCCCAGCUGGAGAAGGAGCUCCUGCUUCUUCAGAGCACCCUGGACUCAGAGAGGAGGAACUACAGCCAGGGCUCCGAGGAGAUCAGGGAGCUUGGAGCGAGGAUGGCAGGGCUGCAAGAGGACAACAAAAGCUUGAAGCUGAGCCUCUCCAAAGUGGAGGUGGAACGCAAACAGGCCCAGGAGAGGAGCAAUAACCUGGAGAAGGAAAAGAACAACCUGGAGAUAGACCUGAACUACAAACUAAAGACCUUGCAGCAGCGUCUGGAGCAGGAACAGACUGAGCACAAGGUGACGCGGGCACAGCUCACAGACAAAUAUGAGUCUAUUGAAGAAGCCAAGUCAGCUGCCAUGAAUGCUGUUCAGCAGAAGAUGUCUGAGGAGAAUGGAGCGAGGAUGCGAGCUGAGAGCCGGGUAGUGGAGGUUGAGAAGCAGUGCUCAAUGUUAGAGUUCGACCUCAAGCAGUCUGUGCAGAAGAUGGAGCAGCUGAUGAAGCAAAAAGAAAGGCUGGAAGAUGAGGUGAAGAAUCUGCGGAUACAGGUGGAACAGGAGUCAAGCAAGCGUGUGCUUGCUCAGAACGACCUGAAAAGCCGCACGCAGGAGGUGGACCGUCUUAGGUGUUCAGAGAAGCAGAUCAAACAGGAUGUCAACACAGCACUAGAGAGUAAACGCUCACUGGAGUUCCAGCUGGCACAGCUGACCAAACAAUACAGAGGCAACGAGGGACAGAUGAGGGAACUUCAGGACCAGCUAGAGGCCGAACAGUAUUUUUCUACACUUUACAAAACUCAGGUCAAAGAACUAAAGGAGGAGAUUGAGGAAAGGAACCGGCAGGUACAAGAGGCUCAUAAAAAGGUGCAGGACUUGUGCAGUGAAAGGGACUCCCUGUCUGCCCAGCUGGAUCUGACGGUGACCAAGGCAGAGUCAGAGCAGCUUGCCCGGGCACUUCAGGAGGAAGAGUACUUUGAGCUCAGCCAGGAGAACAAGAAGGCAGUGACUAGACAUAAACAGGAGAUUGGAGAAAAGGAGGCUACUAUUGCACGGCUUGAGGAAUCCAAUAAAACUCUGACCAAAGAUGUGGAGAACCUCAGCAAAGAGAAGUCUGAGUUAAAUGAGAAGCUUCAUAAUCUGGACGACGAGUAUACAGCUCAAAAAGAAGAAAUCGCAAAUACAAUCAAGGCCAACUAUGAGAAGGUCCUCAACACAGAGCGCACACUGAAGACUCAGGCGGUGAACAAGCUGGCAGAGAUCAUGAACCGCAAGGAUAUGAAGUUGGACCAGAAGAAGAAGGGCAGUACUGCCGACCUACGGAAGAAGGAGAAGGAGAACCGCAAGCUUCAGCUGGAACUUAACCAGGAGAAGGAGAAGUUUAACCACAUGGCCAUAAAGUACCAGAAGGAGUUAAGCGAGAUGCAGGCGCAACUGGCAGAGGAAUGCACAUAUCGCAAUGAGCUUCAAAUGCAGCUGGACAGCAAGGAGAGCGACAUCGAGCAGCUUCGGGAAAAACUGAACGACCUGCAACAGCGCAUGGAUAACUCUAGUGUCACUAGCUUGCAGACAGAUGAGACAGACAGCAACAUCGCAGAAUCCAGAUUGGAGGGUUGGCUGUCCAUUCCUAACCGUGCUAAUAUCAAGCGAUACGGAUGGAAGAAGCAGUAUGUGGUGGUGAGCAGUAAGAAGAUUCUGUUCUACAAUGAUGAGCAGGAUAAGGAACAGUCAAACCCCUCAAUGGUACUAGAUAUCGACAAAUUGUUUCACGUGAGACCAGUCACACAAGGAGACGUGUACCGAGCGGAGACAGAAGAGAUUCCAAGGAUAUUCCAGAUUCUGUAUGCCAAUGAGGGAGAGUGCAGGAAGGAGGCGGACAUGGAGACGGUCCCUCAGGGCGACAAGAACUGUCUCCCACACAAAGGCCACGAGUUCAUCCCCACGCUAUAUCACUUCCCUUCCAACUGUGAGGCCUGCUCCAAGCCUCUGUGGCACGUCUUCAAGCCGCCUCCAGCCCUGGAGUGUCGCCGCUGCCAUGUCAAGUGCCACAAGGACCACCUCGACAAAAAGGAGGACGUUAUUGCUCCUUGCAAAGUAAACUACGAUGUGACCUCUGCCCGGGACAUGCUCCUGCUGGCCCUGACCCAAGAUGAGCAGAAGAAAUGGAUUGGCCACCUUGGAAAGAAGAUUCCCAAGACCCCACCAUCCACAUUUUCAAGAGCCUCACCUCGUUCUAUGUCCACUCGCUCUGGACCAAACCAGUCCUUCCGCAAGACCCCUAGAAGCAAUACAGGAAAGCUGAGCAGAGCGCAGUCCAGCCUCCAAGCAGCAGACACAACAUCCAGCACUUGUUGACAGGAACUUCUUCAGAAACUAACCAUCUGAACCAUUUGGAUUUUUUUCUGGACUUUAAACUCUCCCUCCUUCCUCAUCCUCAAAAAGAGGAGAAACCUGUAUUACAUAGAAAAUUAAUUAAAAGAAAAAAUACAUUGAUAAAUGACCAGCGCUGGAAAAUUGCAACACGUCAGACACAAGGCAUCAUAGACAUUAAGAGGCCUGAUACCCCCUCUGCCACCUUUCCACAUUCAAGAGAUAACCUUCAUCCAACUCAACAAACUUGCAGCUCUCCAUUUCUACCAGAAGAUGGCACCCUCGUCUUGAACUAAAGAUGGACAGUGGAGCGAUAGAGGGACUCAUGUCAUGGAGACAUUCUGUGUUUCAUAUUAUAUGGCAGUUAUGAUAGAAAUGGGAAGGUAAAUGGGGGUUUUGCUGGGACGCCUGCUAUUAUGUGUUCAGUUUAUGGUACUGUCAUACAGGGAUUGCAGAUCUGCAGAGAGUGGUUGUGUCUCAGGGGUGGAAAAUGAAUAUCUAUUUUGUAAAUUUUUUCCCCACCUGACAGAUACUCGAGCUAAAUGCAAGCAUACUUCUGUUUCCAGCUUCAAAAAAAUGACUGAUGCCUUCAUCUAUUCUCUGGCCUUUUUGCCUUUAUUCUUAUCACUCUGCAAGUCACUUAUCAGGUUUGGGACAGAGUAUUGGGACGUAAGUAUUAGAUGUUUUGAGUAUUGAGUGAGGAGCAUGCAAGAUCAUUUAAAUCUAUGCAUUAUUUUUUAUUAUAAUUAUUUUUAUUGCUCCAAGCCAUAAGGAAAAUUCCAUUGUAAUGGCAUAUAGGAGUCCUAAAACUUAAUUGAUUUUUUUUUCUGUUUAUUUGGUACAUUGUCUCUGUAAUAUUUUAUUUCUUGUAUUGUUUAUUUUUUUUUGUAAUGUAUUGCCUUACAUUGAUUCAUAGAUAAAUGGUUCAAAAGGAAAACAUUAAGUUAACAAAUGUAAAACUGCACUGUUUGAAUUGUAAAUUAUUUGUAGAAGACUAAACAGGUGUAGCAUUUGGCCCACCUAGUGCCUUAACGUUUGGAUAUUGAUUUUACUGCCAUAUGUUUUUUUUUCUUUCUCCAAAACAAGACAAAUCUUAACUCUUCCAUCAUUCAUUUUUUUAAGAAAUCGCCACACAUUUGUGUUUUUAUUGAAACUUCUUUUCUCUGGUUUGAGUAUAUAAAAUAUAUAUAUUAGAUUACCUCUUUAUGGACGCAUUGCAAUAGAGUUAGCGUGUCAAAACGAAGUCCCCCAGACUCGGUUCAUAUCAUGACAAAUUUCGGGAUGGUGUACCUAAAGCGAGCCUACAUGUGUCAAUGAUUGUCCUUGUUAACAAUUACAAUAUGUUUCUCUAACUCUGUAAUGUCCCGUUAAUGCAAACCCCCUACAGUGUAUAUAAUGAGAGAGACAUAAGGAUUAUGGAAUACCUCCGCAAUCUUUUUAUUUGUAACUUUUUGUUCAGUUAAAAAAAGCACUGGAACUAUGAUCUACUCUUGUCUUGGAUAAUUUGCAUGGUUAAUUGCAUUGGAGUCCGCACUGAUGGAUAUGUCAAUAAACAUAUCUUUAUCAUU